ACCGGCUCGUAUCGCUUUUCCACACCCCCUGUCACUCGGGGGGGUAGUUCCGUCUUAUUCCCGCCACUGACUUUAAAAACCCUCAGUACCCGUUAAACUUGCACACUCAAUGGAUAGAGAUGGUUGCAGACUUUUCAGUUGAAGAAAUGCAAGCCAGUGAAGAGAAAGCUUCUCUAAGGGACACAAAAGAAGAAAAUCCAGAUGCCGUUGACCACUCAGAGUCAGGGUCUGAUGAUGAUAGCUCUGCAGGAUCUGAAAAGACAGACUCUGAUUCAGACAUAUCUGAAGCAGAUACAGAUCAAGGCACAGAAGGCCCUCACUUGUUAAAAGCAGAUCCAGGGGACUGCAGCACUGAAGAUACAACAACUGUAAAGUCAGACCCAGACUUAUAUAUCAAGCCAUCAUGUCCAAGUUGUGACAGUCAAACGAACCAAAACUUCGAACAAGUAACACCAAGACAGAUCUCAGAGGAACGUUUCUGUUUAAAAUUGGAUCACGAAGGAACCUAUCAGUGUGUUACCACUGGCCUGGUAUUUGAAGUGACAGAAAAAGUUGACAUUGUUUACUCAAUUCUGUCCUGGUACAAAUACGACACAUUUCUGAAAGACAACUGGAAACUUUGUGGCCCACUGUUUGAAGUGAAGAGUGAUCCAACAUUAAUAAAAAGUAUUUACUUCCCUCAUUCCCUCUGCUUAGCAAAACACUUAACUGAUUUAGAAUUUAAAAUUUUACACAUAAAGGACCGGAAGGCCGAAAUUGAGCCUAUAACUGAUCAUUCGACCACGCACGUUCAGUGGAAUGUGAGCUCUCUGUCACCUGUUGGACCAAUAUUCCAGACCACUUCCCAGGAUAUUCAACAUCACGGUGUUGUGCUGAUCUACAAAGUAAUUAAUGACCACCAGUCCUUACUGUUUCAUGUGUAUAUGGCAGCAAACAAUGAUUCAGUAAUUAAGGACAUUAUCAAGGCAGAAAAACAUGCAAAGCAAAAAUCAGUAAAAAUUGAUAAGCCCUCGGCUUGCUGCAAAAAGCUGACCAAUGGCAAAACAUACCGACUCCUGGGUGAACCGCACGCUGAAAUCAUCCCUGAGGAGAUCGAAUUCAUGGAUAUGACAUCUUUUAAAUGUAAAAGUUACUUUGAAGUAUAUUUAGAACAACGAGAAGAUCUUCAGCUGAAGUUAAUCGACAAAGAGACAGAUGAAGUGAUAUGGACCUCAAAAUUGCGGGAGUGUGACUGGGCAAACCAUAAGCAGAAUGAACAAGGCAAACAAAGAGAUGUUAAACAAAACAGGAGACGAAAAUCAAGCACUGAAAUCUCUGUGGAAGAUAACCAUGUCAAAAAACCACGAUGGGAUGAUAAAGCAGAUGAACUAACCUGCAAAAGGAGUAAUAACAUGACCGAUAAGCAGUUAAUGCAGUUCGCUGAAAAACUGGGGAGUAACUGGCAAGUUAUUGCCAUAAGCUAUCUUGAUCUGGAAUACCAGGAUAUUUCAAAAAUUAAAGAAGAACAAAACAUAUUGACAAUGCAGAUAUUUCGAAUGUUGCAAAUAUGGAAGGAUAAAGAAGUGAACAAUGCAACUCCUUCCAAUCUCCAUAAUAAACUCAUUAGGGCUGAUAUUCCAUGUGAAGCCCGGAAUGUUCUGGAAGAUUUUUGUAAUGGAGAAUCCAAUGAGAAGAGGCAAAUCCUUUAGGAUUCAUCAAGUAAUCUCCAUUACAAUUGCUCCCAGCACAAUUCUUUAAAGACCUGUAUGGGAUGUGGAUUUUCCUGAAAAGACUAAAAUUUAUUUUCUGUCCCUAACUGUCUUCAAGAAAUUGUUGGCAAAUUAGCUUGUUAAACCACUACAUCUAUGUAGUCACUUUUGUUUGGAGUAGCAGGAAUUUCACCAGCAAUGAUGAAUAUAUAUUAAAUGAAUCCAACUAACCUCAGUGACUGACAUAGAGAAGAUGUAAAGACAGUGCUGGUCCCAAAAUAAUAGUAUGUCUCUGUCUAGAUUGUAGAGACAGAUGUUGGGAAGCUCUGUUGAACAGAUGCUUUUGUCCAUUGGAUGGUGCAACUCCAGUUAUGGUGUACCAGUGUACUAGUCCACCUGAGGGAUUGAAUACCUAAAAUGGUGGAUUAAUAUCAAUCAGCUGGAUUACUUUGGCCUUGAUGGCAUUACUUGAAUAUUAUUGUAAUUGCACUCACUCAGACAAGUGGAGAUCAUCCCAUCACUCUACUGACUCUGGUCAAGAAAAGUAAUGCAGAAAAUAUCUGCUCAUGAAGCUGAUACAAUUAAGUGUCCAGUCAAUAUUAUCCAUUAAUGAUGAUGGAUCUGACAAUGGUAAUUCCAUUGAAUGUCAAGGGGAGGUAGGUGAUUGCCAUUUUAAUGACAGCUAUUAUGGAUCUCACUGCAGAGCUACUUUUAUGAAUGGAGAUGCCAGUGCAACUUAAACUUCGGGUGCAGUGAGAUCCAGAACCUCAGGCUUCAGCAUUACAUAUGCAAUCUUGUUGGGCUACAGCUUUUGAAAUGAACAUGUUUUCAUUACACAUGGAUUAACUGGCAAUGACCGAAGGCUAUCCUCAAUGAUGGAGAUAACUUCCAAAAAAGACCAAGGCAGAUCAUACAUGUUCCAAAUAUUUCACCUCAUCUCUUGCACACAGAGUUGGACACCCCAUCAUUUAUGAUAAUUAUAAUGGUCAGUUGAUUUAUUUUCCUUCACUGUUCACGGAUUGUGGUGAUAGAACUACAGGGCUUUUAGAUAUGAGAUAGCUUAACUCCAGCAAUUGGAUACUGUUUUUACUGUUCAAAAUAUAUUUAGUCCUUGGUUGCAGCUUCACCAAGUACCAAAUUUUAUGUGCAGCUGGUGCUGCUUCUAACAUGUUCUUCAACACUUCUCAUUGGACCAGGUUUGGACACUGGGCAUGAAGGAUCUGCAGGUUAUUAAGUAGCAGAUUGUGGUGGGAUUCAAUUUAUUUGAUGCUGAAGAUCUACAGCACUUAAUGGAAGACCCGCUUUAUUCUGCAAGAUCUUUAGAAAUGUAUUCCAUUACGUAGGGAUAACAUUACAUGAAAUUGAUGAAGACUGUGUUUGGCUCUUUAAAGCUGGGGAUAACAAUGGCUUCUUCCAAUAUUGUCAUGUAGCCAAAUUUGUGAGGAUGAGGUUAACUGGAUUUUCCCUUCAUUUUGGGUGUCUCACUGCCCGCCACUAUGUUUACAUUGGUAAUGCCCUGUGAUCCAGUUGAUUUUGAACAUUAUAGAUAAUUUGGUGCAAUUCCAAUGGUUGCAAAGACAUUCCAAAGUGUAGUUAAGAGUCCAUCACACUUGGAGUCACAUUUAGGCAACGUAUUUACUUUCUGAUUUUCUAUAAGAGAACAUUUGUGAAUCAUGUUUUCCAAAAAGUUCUAUUUCAUAAAAAGGCAGAAAAUUUAAGAGAUACUGUUAAUGUAGAUCUUAAAGUUGUAAAGCUGGUUACAAAAAUGUGGCAUGAAAAUACUCUUCAAUAAUGUACAAGCUUUUUUGAAAAAACAUUAAUUUGUACAUAAAUGUCUAUAGAUUUUUGUAUAUCAAUAUGCUGUCAUUAUAUACAGUAAACUAUUACAAAGAAAAUGGUAGCAUAUGUAUAGAGGGAUUUGAUGUGAUUGGCUGGAAAAGUGUAAUGGAUAUUAACGUAUUGUAAUUGAAGUCAUCAAUUUAUUUAAAAAAAUCUAAAUUUAGAAAGCUGUUUUAUAAGAGUCAGACAUUUUCUAAUCAGAUUAAAAAAUGAUU